AUGAACGAACUCAACCACAGGCUCGGAGCUGUCUCCAGUCCGUAUGGGAUUUAUUCUUAUAUAACUUCACAAACUUAUGAUGGCUAUGAGCUACUGGGAGAGUACGACGAUAUCAUCCGCUCAGGCGCUGUUUUCGUCGCGUCCGUAAUGCCUGUCCUUGAGGCUGGAUUCACAGCUAUCAUCCCCACUGUUGCAUCCCAGAUUGCGUCCGUGAUGCGAAAAUUUCCCGAUGAAGGUGUUGUUGUUUGGUUACGGUAUGGAUUUGAGAUGAAUUGGUACCGUCCCGAGGCCGCUGAACCUCGAUACCAUGGCACUCCCAGCGAGUUUGUUUCGUCUUUCCGAAAUGUCGCUGAGGCUGUCGCAAACAAUCCUAUGGUAUCCAUGUUCUGGUCACCCAAUAAUCUAGGGGGUGACUCAGCCGAGACCCUAGAUGAAUGGUACCCGGGCGAUGAUAUUGUUGACAUUGUCGGCACUGACUUCUACCCGCUGGCACGGAACCAAGCCUUUAGACGGUGCUACAAGGAGUUUUAUGAUCGUUUCUUGACAGGCAAGGACAAACCAUUCGCUAUAGGCGAGACUGGUGCCUCUGGGGAUCUGAAGGAACAUUGGCUAAGAGAACUCGUGACCCAACGCAAAGAAGAGUACCCAAAUUAUGUAUCCAUGGCGUGGUUUGAAUACAACAAAGAAGUUGAUUUUCGCCUUGUCAUGGGCAACAGAUCGACAUUAGAGGAUAGGAGAAGGAUAUUGGUGUUGGAGUGA